CAAACAAGGAUUAAAAUAUACUGUUUCAGUCUAUACUUUUUCUCCACGCCGUCUACUACUCCGGCAGCUGGAGUGUCGCCCCCGCUUUGCUCCCAUUCACGGCUGUUGCCGCUGCCGUCUUCCCUCCGCUCGCGGCGCCGCAGCUUCCCUCCUAGCGGGUUUGCACUGAUUUUCUACUCCCUUUUUUGUUACUGUUUUUCACUGAUGGAAACUGGAGGAGCUGGGAGGAAACCAGUGCUUACGCCUAAGGCUGUUAUUCACCAAAAGUUUGGAAGCAAGGCUUGCUAUACUAUUGAGGAAGUACACGAGCCGCCUCAAAAUGGGUGCCCCGGGUUGGCCAUUGCUCAGAAGGGAGCUUGUCUUUAUCGAUGCAAUUUAGAGCUUCCAGAUGUUUCUGUUGUGUCAGGGACAUUUAAAAGAAAGAGAGAUGCUGAACAAUCUGCUGCAGAAUUAGCCAUAGAGAAGUUGGGCAUACAUACAAGAACCAAUGAUCUAACUUCAGAGGAAGCAUGUGAUGAAUUAGUUGCUCGGAUCAACUAUUUAUUUUCCAGCGAGUUUCUUUCAGCCCUUCACCCACUCAGUGGUCACUUUAGAGAUGCUAUGCAGAGAGAAGGAGAUUCUCAUUGUUUAGUUCCUAUCUCGGUUAUUUUUGCUUAUGAUGCAAGGAUUUGUAAUUUGUCUAAAUGGAUCGAUCCUCAUGUGGAGUCAAAUCCAUACUUGGUUAUCCCAUGUAUCUUGAGGGCAGCUGCAAAAUUAUCUGAAUCCCUUUCUGCUCCUAAUGGACAACUUUCACUUCAAAGGAAAAAUCCAUACCCUUCUGAAGUUAUAGCAUCAUCAGUUAUUGAGCCCUCUCUUUCUUCUAAAAGAUCUUUGAUUGAAGUCGUGCUUAUUCCACAUUUUCUUGACAAGCCUGUAGAAAGUAUAACCCUCGACCUUUCUCCAACUGGGUAUUACCUGGAUCUUAUUGCCAAGCAACUUGGCUUGUGUGAUGCAGCCAAGGUUUUCAUCUCAAGGCCUAUUGGUAGAGCUUCCUCUGAAACAAGAUUGUACUUUGCGGCUUCUGAAACUUUUCUGUCGGAUCUACCUUCAGAUCUUUUAGACUUCAAAAAAGCUCUUCACUUUAGAGAACCAUUGAAUGCAAGAGCAACUUAUUUAUGUGGUCAAGAUAUAUAUGGAGAUGCAAUUUUAGCAAACAUUGGGUACACGUGGAAGAGUAAAGAUCUUUCUUAUGAGAACAUUGGCUUGCAAUCAUAUUACAGGAUGCUUAUUAAUAAGACACCAAGUGGUAUUUAUAAGUUGUCCAGAGAAGCAAUGGUUACAGCACAGUUGCCAUCAACGUUCACCACAAAAGCAAACUGGAGGGGUGCCUUCCCAAGGGAUGUCCUUUGUACGCUUUGUCGUCAGCAGAGAUUACCUGAACCUAUCAUCUCUUCCAUAGGUGUUAUACCAUCAUCUUCCAAGUCAUCUGAUAAACAGAACUUACAGGUAACCGAUUCAAAAGCAGCGCAAGAACAUACAAAUGGAGGCACAAUUGCUGAAAACAAAGGACAAGUGGUAGAAUCAGAAGAUACUUUCAGAUGUGAAGUAAGAAUUUAUUCCAAAAAUCAAGAAUUGGUUUUGGAAUGCUCGCCGAAAGACACCUUCAAGAAGCAGUUUGAUUCAAUCCAGAAUGUUUCUUUAAAAGUUCUUUUGUGGUUGGAUAUAUAUUUCAAGGAUUUAAACGUGUCUUUGGAGAGAUUGACAUCUUAUGCUGAUGCACUUUUCAUUCAAUUUAAUUCCCAAAGGUUCUUUGAAGAAUUAGCCUCCUACAGAUCUAUUCAUUCUGGUUUGAACAGUAAAGUUCAAGAGGAAAUAUCGCAUAAAUCAAAAGAUUUGAAAUUUCCUUGUACCCAUCUUGGAUAUGGAGAUAGUUCUUUGAACAUUCAUGGUUCAGAUUCUGAUAUUAGUCCAUCUAAUGGAUCAUUAGUAUGCAUCAGUUAUAACGUAUCCCUUAAGGCCGAAGGUGUGGAAGUUAGAGAAACUAUUGAAAAGAAUGAUGAUUAUGAGUUCGAGAUAGGCUCUGGAUGUGUUAUUCCAUGUCUUGAAGCAAUUGUACAGCAGAUGUCUGUUGGUCAGUCUGCUUGUUUUUGUGCAGAAUUGGCCCCUAGAGAGUUUAUUUUAGCUGCAACUCUCAACUCUGCUAGGAUACUCCACUUGUUAGAUUCAAGUUCAUGCUGCUUGGAAUACUCAUGUACUCUCAUACGCGUUACGGAACCUUUGGAAGCCAGGAUGGAACAGGCUCUUUUCAGUCCUCCACUGUCAAAGCAACGGGUGGAAUUUGCUGUGAAAUACAUCAAAGAAUCACAUGCUUGUACAUUGGUUGACUUUGGAUGUGGCUCGGGGAGUCUCUUGGAUUCUUUACUAAACUACCAGACAUCUUUAGAGAAAAUUGUUGGUGUUGAUAUCUCCCAAAAAAGUCUCAGCCGUGCAGCAAAGAUACUUCAUUCAAAACUGAGUACAGAACCAAAUAUCCAUGUACCUCGAACUCCCAUCAAAUCUGCUGUUCUUUACGAUGGAUCCAUCACUGAUUUUGAUCCACGAUUGUGUGAAUUUGACAUUGCCACUUGCUUAGAGGUAAUUGAGCAUAUGGAAGAAGCUCAAGCGUAUCUGUUUGGCAAUUUGGUGUUGAGUUCAUUCUGCCCCAAACUUCUUGUUGUUUCAACUCCGAACUAUGAGUAUAAUGUGAUACUCCAAGGAUCAAAUCUUUCAAGCCAAGAAGGGGAUUCAGAUGACAAAACACAGUUACAAUCUUGCAAAUUUCGCAAUCACGAUCACAAAUUUGAGUGGACUAGGGAACAGUUUAAUCAUUGGGCAAGAGAUUUAGCCACAAGACACAACUACUCUGUAGAGUUCAGUGGGGUUGGCGGAUUGGGUCACAUGGAGCCGGGUUAUGCUUCCCAAAUUGCUAUCUUCAGAAGAUCCGAAACUCGACAUGUACAUCCAAUUGAUGAUAAAGCAGAACCAGCUUACAAGUACCAAAUCAUAUGGGAGUGGAAUAGCAGGAACAAAUGAAGAACUGCAAUGAAAUUUUGUAUAGGUUCCCAAGUUUUAAUCGCUUGAAGCUUUAGUGGAUGUGGAUCAGUUUUGUAAAUGACAGGUAGUCAGUCAAACACAUACAGAGAUGAGAAGAAAAAAGUAUUCAACUCCAGAAGAUCAUUGUAACAUCAGGACACCAUAUCUCUACUUAUAUAUAUUUUUUAGAUUUGUAUAGCUUUUCUGAAGCCCAUUAGAUUGAAUUUUUUCAUUGCAUAUAUGUUUUUGUUUUUGUUUUUGUUUUUGUUUUAUGUUUGGUUUAUAAGGUAGAUGGAAGUUCUUGAGAAUGGAAAGCUGGGAGCAUGUGAAACUUGGUAGGAAAUUCUUCCAUUUUUAUACCUAUAUUUGCAUUUGUAUGAUAUGAUCUUUGAUUCUUUGUU